CAGUGUCCCCUUUCAUUGUUGUUUGAUUUCUAAAGGCUAACGUUAUGGUACAUGUCCUUUGUUCCCAAACAGAUUUCCUCACUCAGUUUUCCUGGCACCAUGGAUUCUGCCUGGGCUAAUGUUUCCGACAGCAAUGGAAGCAGCUGUGAGGUACACAGUAAUCAGAGAGCAGCACAAACCAUCUUCACUGUGUAUUAUUUUAUCGUUUUUAUCAUUGGUUCUUGUGGGAACAUUCUUGCUCUUCACCUUACAUUUAAGAGAGGAAAAAAAGUAAACUCAACAGACAUCUAUCUGAUCAACCUGGCUGUGUCUGAUGCCCUGUUUACUCUUGCUCUGCCCGGCAGAAUUACUUAUUACAUCUUAAAUUUCCACUGGCCUUUUGGAGACAGCUUAUGCAGAAUAACAGCCUUUAUUUUUUAUACCAAUACAUAUGUUGGGAUUUACUUCAUGACCUGCGUGAGUGUUGAUCGUUAUAUCGCUGUGGUACAUGCACUUCGGUUUAGUAAGCUAAGGAAAACAUGCUGUGUUAAAUACAUAUGCCUUCUGGGUUGGUGUAUUGUGGUCCUCCAGACAAUGCCACUGCUGUUUAGACCAAUGACAAAAGAAAAUAAAAAUACAGUGACAUGCAUGGAAUAUUUCAACUUUGAAGAUGUCAAUCACCUGCCAGUUCUUCUCUUGCUAGCUUGCAUCUUCGGCUAUGGAACACCAUUUGGCAUCAUUCUGUUCUGCUAUAUGUGCAUCAGUAUGAGACUGUGUAAAGCUGCAAAGAACAACCCCAUAGCAGACAAAAAUGGGCAAUAUAACCGAGCAUUCAAUGUAAUCAUGAUAGUGCUGAUUGCCAUUGUCCUGUGCUUUACUCCAUACCACAUCAACAUCAUUCAGUUCAUGGUCAGAAGUCUCAUUCGCCAGCAGACUUGCUUGGAUAAUAAAGCUUUCAAGAUGUCGCUUCAGAUCACUGUUGCUUUUAUGAACAUGAAUUGUUGUGUAGAUCCCAUCAUUUACUUUUUUGCAUUUAAAGGAUACAAGAGAAGAAUUUUAGGCUUAUUUAAAAUGUAUGUCUCUGGUCCAUCUGUGACAUAUUCAGAAAACCAAAGCACCAGUCAAAAUCAAGGCGGUACUGUCUUAGUAGAGCUGUAGUUCUGCACGGAACCAAGCCAAUGGAGAUGCUACAGCUCACAAACUUAGUAUUAUUUUUGUGAUAUUCAUUUUGUAACAAGUAAAGCUUAAAGUAAAGCAUUAGUAUUCAUUGCCUCUAAGAAAGGAUAACUAGUACCCAUUACUGGCACCGGUACAUCUGUCUAUAUUUAAGGUUGCAAAGGAAACAUUUAGCAGUCCUAGGAAAAAUGUUGGCACAAAAUUUUGGGUCAUAACAUCAACCCUGUGCAAUCAUCCCAGUUCAGGCAAAAAGCAAGAUGAAAUAAUGCAUAGUAGCCAAUCUGUUAUUAAGUGAUAUGUUUUAAGGAUGGAUACCCAUUGGUAAAUAAAAAAAACUGAUCCCAUCAGAUUUAACAGGUUAUAUUCUGAAUCUUUAACUUGCUUUGUGUUCAUUUUAACACAGGCUCAUUAAUUUCUAAGCCUUAAUGACUCAAGGUGUGUUACGGUUCAGCACUGCCACUCUAACACCCCAUAGAACCAAAUGGCGUUUGACACUUAAGAACAGUUGAAAGUAUUUUGAAGAAUUAAAAAGUUGAUCUGCUUUAAUAAAUAUGUAGUUUAUUAAACAAUUUGAUUAUCAAGAUAGUGUUAAUUUGCUUGCAAUCUGUUGGUAUUUCCCAGGCCAGGCCCAGCUUAAGUGGUCCCCGAGGCACCGAUGACCCCUCCACCACAGUGAAGUAAUGAGCAAGGGGGGUAGGGUUGUUAAGGAGUGGGGGACUGUGCAGGGACAGUGGGUUGCAAUAGAAGCAUUGCGCAGUGGUGAGGAGUGCAUCAAAUCCAUUGCUCAUCGCAUUGCUGAACUAGUGGUAGACAAAAAGCUGAACUAGGGGUACACAGAAAAGUAAUGUGUCUAGCUCCCCUCUGUUGUGCCCUAGGCACAUAUCUCUUCUGCCUAAUGGUUAGCAAUAAAUGGCACUCAAAUAAUGCAUGCUUUGUGUUUGAGUCUUUGCUGUAAGUCUGCUGGGCAUACACGCACCGAUAAUAUCGUACGAAAGCUCGGUGAGGCGACCGAAAUCGCAGGAGGCUGCUGA